AUGCCUGUGAUCCCCAUCCCUCGGCGGGUGCGCAGCUUUCACGGCCCCCACACCACCUGCAUGCACUCGGCGUGCGGCGCGGCACACACCACCAAGCUGGUGCGCAGCAAGUAUAACAACUUUGAACUGUACAUGCGCUCGCGCUGCAUAUACAGCUUUCUGCGCUUCCUGCUCUACUUUGGCUGCAGCUUGCUCACCUCCCUCUUGUGGGUUGCGCUGUCGGCGCUAUUCUUUGCGCAGUACGUCGGCGUUCGCGUACUCCUGCGCCUGCAGUACAAGCUGUCCGUCAUCCUUUUUCUGCUCGGCCACAGGCGCCUGGACUUUGGCGCCGUCAACGACUUGAUCAUCUACAGCAUGCAGAUCACCAUGUUCAUGGUGGGAGGUCUCGGCUGGUGCUUCAUGGUUUUUGUGGACAUGUAG